CUCGAGCAACGCUUAAUCAUUAAAAUCAAAGACUUGAUACUCUCUCUUUCUCGUAAUAACAUUGAUACAAUGAGCGAACCGAAUAAUAUGAACGAUUAUAUCGGACGUUAUAACAACAUAUGUCAAUCGACUUACCCAGAGGGCUUCAAUUUUGAUGACACCAAUCCUCCAAGUUACAUGCCCGUUAAUUUGCAGCCUCCAUCUCAAGAUUUCCUCCCUUCUGCUACUUCCGUUUUCCUCUCCGACAAUGUCGAUGCGAUGUCUGUGAAUACUAUGGACUACGGGGAUACUGGAACUUAUACAGGCGAUUGUGCAUCGUAUCAAGCUAACCUCUCAGAAUAUGCUAACGUUGACACGAUGAAUGGGCAGCUGAAUACACCGAGCCAUAAUCAAGUCGAAAACAGUUCUUGUCCGCUUCCAGGAUCUUUUCAGACACUCGGUGGUCCCUCCGUCCCUCAUUCUGAUACGACGAACGACGGUCCGGCAGAUAAUAAUUUUCAACAUCUCAACAAUACAUGUAUUUCAUAUAUUAUUGUACAAAUGCCUACAAGCCACGAAUACGUUGUUAUGAGGGAAGAGCGUACUCAAUCAGUGCUAGGCAGAAUAUCGGCUGCUAGUAACAUUAGCGAAAUAUUAGCUUUAACUCGAAUGUGA